AGCUUGCAAUAGUAUAGGAAUGUCGAGAAGAUUUAGUGCGAUGUUUUGUGUGCGGGAUAGGCUUGAAGGACUGGAUAAAGACUGAUGACGUCAUGGAAGAACACCGGAAGUAUUCGUCUGCGUGCCCGUAUCUAUUGCAAAAUUUAACGUCAACGGAAGUUGACUCUUCUCGCCAAGCCGGGAACCAGACGUCAUACAGAGUUCGCUCCCCUCAGUAUCAAACUAUGAAUGCGAGGCUGGAAACAUUUGAACGUUUUCCGAGUAAUGUAGACAUACCACAUCAACAAUUAGCCGUUGCUGGACUAUUUUACACAGGAGAAGGUGAUUUAUGUCGGUGUUUCACGUGCGAUGGUGGUCUUAAAGACUGGAGUACGGGCGACGACCCUUGUAAAGAACAUGCUACGUAUUUCCCUAAGUGUAACUAUAUCAUACAACUGAAGGGGGCUUCAUAUGUGAGAGACAUGCAACAUAGAAGAGGAUCAAACGUGCCGUCGACGGGUACUGGUGGUGGGUCAGCCAUGCAAACAUCAACGGCAACAACAGCAACAACAGCAGCAACAACAACAACAACAGGAGCAACAACUUUAAGCAUGCCGUCAAUGGAUAGGCUUAACAUUUCGGGCAGCUUAAACAGGAGGUCAACGGACAUACAGUUAAGGGAGAUGGGAUAUUCCGAAAGUGACGUGGAACACGCUAAAGCUGAAAUAAGAAGAAAAGGUGAUUCUAACCCAAGUGUUGAAUUGAUUGUGAACACUAUCCUAGACAUGCAAGACAGGACAAAUACCGCAACAGAUAGGACAAAUGCCACGCAAGAUAGAACAAAUAUCGCACCAGAUAGGACAAAUGUCGCGCGGGAUAGAUCGAACGCCACACCUGAAGCACAGAAUGAAUCCGAAGAUAUACAAGAAAUAGCGGCUGAACAUGAAAGACUGUCAAGGAUUGUUCAAUGUAUGCUUUGUGUCAAAGAGGAACCGGAUGUUCUAUUUCUGCCAUGCGCACAUCACAGACUUUGUCAUAACUGCUCGGACAAGGUUUCUCGAUGUCCAGUGUGUGAAACAGUGGUGAAGGAGAAAGUUCGGACGUAUCGAGCAUAGCGAAAGGGGCGCGUAACAAAGAUGUAACAUUUCACGUGCGUUACUCCAAAGUCGUCUUAUUUCUUUUUUUUUCUCCCAUUUCUUGUAUUCAGUUUUUAAUAUAGCUUCAUCUAGUCAUUUCAAACCUGUAAAAUGCUUAUAAUGUUUCAACAUCUUAAUGUUUAGGGAAAAAAUCAUAUUUUUUUAAAAAAAUAUACCGAAAAUAUAUACCGUUUUAUUUUUCACAGAGUUUUAAACAUUCGCCAUUUGAAACAUUUUUAAUGUUUAUAUAAACGUCGUUCUAGAAUAAGCUUAACAGACAAAGCACAAAAAAUAGAAUUGC